CCAUAUUCACCAUUCACGGCACUCUCAUCACUACGAACCCAGUAGUAUUCCCCAGUAGUAUCUCAAUCCAUCCAAAGCCGAGCCGCCAUAGAUAUUACUGUAAGAGAAUCGGAUCAAAAUCAAGAAGAUGUCUGGACCUCAGUGCUGUGCGAAUCCACCCACUCUGAAUCCCAGCAGUGGCGCCGGGUCCGUGGCGGAGCUUGGCGGCCUCAAGUCCUACAUCACCGGUUCUUCCGAUUCCAACCUCGCUAUCCUUCUUGUCUCCGACGUUUACGGUUAUGAAGCUCCAAAUCUCAGGGCGAUAGCAGACAAAGUUGCAGCCAGCGGAUACUAUGUUGUGGUUCCAGAUUUUUUUCAAGGUGAUCCUUACGUUCCAGAAAGCAAGCCAAUAGGGGUCUGGCUUCAAGCACAUGGAGCGGACAAGGGGUUCGAAGAUGCAAAGCUUGUUAUUGAGGCCUUAAAAAGCAGAGGAAUCUCUUCAAUAGGAGCUGCAGGAUUCUGCUGGGGUGCUAAGGCGGUUGUGAGUUUGGCAUACUCUGGUUUCAUUCAAGCUGCAGUUCUACUGCACCCAUCAUUUGUUACCGUGGAUGAUAUUAAGCAGGUAAAGACACCGAUUGCUAUUUUGGGGGCAGAAAAUGAUUCCAUGUCCCCUCCCGAGCUUCUUAAACAAUUUGAACAGAUUCUUUCACCAAAAACUGAGGUAGGUUCCUUUGUGAAAAUAUUUCCUGGGGUUUCGCACGGGUGGAGCGUGAGGUACAAUGCUGAGGAUGAGAAAGCAGUGCAGAGUGCGGAAGAAGCCCGUCAAGACAUGCUGAACUGGUUUACCAAGUACAUCAAAUGAUCCCACACUCAAGCAAGCCUCUUAUGGACAUUCUAGUACAAGAGACAUUGAAUAAAACAACAUGCUUUUCUUACCUAUGUGUAGACGAGUGUCGUUUGUAGCAGAGACUAUUGUAGUAUGAAAGUACGGACCAUUUGCCAUGUAUAUAUAGCUCUGUCCUGUAAUAAGAACUGUUUGGAUACAUUUGUUGUGAGAUCUUCCAUGGCAUGUUGAAGCUGCUUGGGUGCAUUUGUUGUUAGAGUUAUAUGGAUAGAUAAUUAUCUUGGU